AUGCCCAUUCCACUCGCCUACAAGUACGAACGCGAUGGAAAAUACCAACCUCCGGUAUUCGAGAAGACGGAGCCAGUGCCAGCGAAGCAGAGGAGCGAAUAUGUAUCCUGGAUGAGCGAUGGAUUCCGACAUCAUGUUAUUGCCAUGCUUGCAGAAUUGGUGGGAACUUUCCUCUUCCUGUUCUUUGCAUUCACGGCCGCUCAGAUUGCAAAUAACAAGCCCGAUACUUUGCUCAGGACCAACUUCUUGAGCGACCCGAGUUUGCUGCAACUUCUUUAUAUCAGCCUGGGAUUCGGAGGCAGUCUUGCAGUGAAUGCCUGGAUUUUCUAUCGCAUAAGUGGCGGCAUGUUCAAUCCUGCGGUAACUCUUGGUUUAUGCUUGGCAGGUGUUUUCCCAUGGCUAAGAGCAGUGCUGCUCGUUGUUGUCCAGGUUGGAGGCGGACUUGCUGCUGCAAUCACCGUAUCAGCAUUAUUUCCGGGACCACUGAUGGUUCAAACAAAGCUCGGCGAUGAUACUACAACUGCCCAAGGACUUUUCAUCGAGAUGCUGCUCACCGCAGAACUCGUCUUUACUAUCUUGAUGCUGGCGGUAGAGAAGCACAAGGCUUCAUUUGUCGCACCGGCCUGCAUAGGUCUGACCCUGUUCAUGGGUCACCUUAUAGGGGUCAAUUUCACGGGAGCUGGCAUGAACCCAGCCCGCUCUUUCGGACCCGCUGUCGUCCUUGGAGAAUUUGUCCCAUAUCACUGGAUAUACUGGCUCGGACCGGUUAUGGGGGCAUUGCUGGCCGUAGGGUUCUACAAAUUAUUGAAACUUUUGGAGUAUGAGACAGCCAACCCUGGUCAAGACGAUGACGGCCUGGAUACAUAUCGACUUAACAAAGCGAUGACAGAACACAAAACUGGUCGAGUAACAGACAGGCAAAUGAAUUUAAAAUGAAUGAAAAUAUGAACAGCCGGUCAGUCAAUGAGAGCCUUCAGAUGACCGUGUUAGAAAGCAAAGUGAUUGUGUCAUGGAGACCGAGAUCUGCGAUUUACCCCCAGAAGUUG